GAUUUAUUUUACCCUCACUUGAUAAACGACAGAGGAGGUUCAUUCAGGAAUAAAGCGAAAGCUCGCUAUCUAAGCUCUCAGAGCUCUCGCCAUUUCCCUGUAUUUUUGCGGGAGACCUUGAUGGAUAUUUGAUCAACCGUCGCAUACUGAAGUCUUUUAGGAGAAGUCGUUCCGGGAGUACUUUAAGUGAAAGCGAUAUCCGGGAGUGUAAGCUUUUGCGGCCAUCCGUUUAACCACGUCAAAUCUGUCAGCCAGCAAAUUCACAUUUUUGGCGGUUGUGUUUUUGCUCGAGCCUGAAAUCUCUCAGACAUUUGCUACUUUUUCCUCUCAUCGAUCGUAUCGUCUUACAGAAGCUGUUUUUGCUAUUAAUUCUGUUGUUAUACCGAAGGCCGCAGAGCUAACUUGCACUGCUAGCCUCGUUCCGGUGUAACGUUAGCGGCUAAAGAACUAAACAGUUUUUCGUGUUUUAUUUCGUUAUUAUUGUUAUUUUUGGACUUGUAAUAAAGCUCAGAGAUCAUACACGGACGUACAUCACUUGAGGAUUCUGUGUUUUUCAUCUUUCUCUGAGGACCUUUCUACCUCUGUGUUGAUACAUUUAGCUAGUGACGAUCAACGUUAGCUGCUUCCGGCGAGCUGGAUACGCCACUCAUCUCAGGAUAAACUACACAGCUCGGUGCCUCCUGCCCUCGAGGUUGAGCCAGGCUUCAUUUUUGUGGCGGUUCAGGUCAGGGCUCUCAGUUAUCAUCCAGUGAUGUCAGAAGAAGCAAAACAGACCUCCGCACCUGCCCCUGCGUCCACGAUGGACGUAAAGUCCGAUUCCACAGCCUCACCACCUCCAGCUCAGGGGGUUUCUUCAGUGUCUCCCCCCGUAUCCACCGUGACGCAGCCUGCACCACCCGCAACUGAGGAUGAGGAGGAGGAGAGUGAAGAUGAAUCUGAGAUUCUGGAGGAAAGCCCCUGUGGGCGCUGGCAGAAACGGAGAGAGGAGGUAAACCAGCGUAAUGUACCAGGUAUCGACAAUGCUUACCUUGCAAUGGACACAGAGGAAGGCGUGGAGGUGGUGUGGAAUGAGGUCAUGUUUUCUGAGCGGAAGAACUAUAAAGUACAGGAGGAAAAGGUGAAAACAGUGUUUGAUAACCUCAUCCAGCUGGAGCAUUUGAAUAUAGUGAAGUUUCACAAGUACUGGGCAGAUGUGAAAGAGAACAGAGCCAGGGUUAUUUUUAUAACAGAAUACAUGUCCUCUGGGAGUCUUAAGCAGUUUCUAAAAAAGACUAAGAAGAAUCAUAAGACCAUGAAUGAGAAGGCAUGGAAACGUUGGUGCACUCAGAUAUUAUCUGCCUUAAGUUAUCUGCAUUCAUGUGAACCCCCAAUUAUUCACGGGAACUUGACCUGUGACACCAUCUUCAUUCAGCACAAUGGACUUAUUAAAAUCGGCUCAGUGGCCCCAGACACCAUCAAUAACCAUGUCAAAACUUGUCGCGAGGAACAGAAGAGUUUGCACUUCUUUGCUCCAGAGUAUGGAGCUGUUGCCAAUGUCACCACAGCCGUGGACAUCUAUUCCUUUGGAAUGUGCGCCUUAGAGAUGGCUGUGCUGGAGAUCCAGAGUAAUGGAGAGUCAUCAUAUGUGUCACAUGAAGCCAUUAAUAGUGCCAUCCAAUUUCUGGAGGACCCACUGCAGAGAGAGUUUAUUCAGAAGUGUCUGGAGGUUGACCCCAAUAAGAGGCCCACAGCCAGAGAGCUGCUUUUCCAUCAAGCUCUGUUUGAAGUGCCUCUUUUGAAACUACUGGCUGCGCACUGUAUCGUCGGUCACCAGCACAUGAUCCCUGAAAAUGCUUUGGAGGAAAUUACCAAGAACAUGGACCCUAACCAAGUGAUCUUGGAAAUGAAAGAGGUCCAGCUAAAACUCUCCCAGUUUCCCGCAUUGGAGCUUGACAAGUUCCUUGAAGAUGUGAGGAAUGGAAUCUAUCCGCUGACUGCAUUCGGCAUUCCCUGCCCACAGCAGCCCCAGCAGGAGGCUGUCAAGUCCCCCAUUGUACCACCCUCCGUCAAAACGCCCACGCCCGAGCCUGCAGAACUGGAGACCAGGAAGGUCGUACAAAUGCAGUGCAACAUUGAGCCUGUGGAGGAAGGAGCAAAGCAUCAUUUGACGUUAUUGCUAAAACUGGAGGAUAAGCUGAACCGACAUUUGAGUUGUGAUUUAGCACCAAAUGAGAAUGUACAGGAGUUGGCUGUGGAACUGGUCCAGCUUGGCUUCAUUAGUGAGGGGGAUCAGCCACGUCUCACAACCGUGCUGGAAGAGGCCUUCUCAAAAUUCUACAGCCGUAACGGCUCUCUAAAUCCUGUCACCGUUUCUUCGUAGCAGAGGGUUGAAUCUGCCAGCUUCUCCACCAUUUUAUCUUCACGCACGGGACAGAACUCUAGCGCUCCAUCACUCAGAGGAUUGUGUGAGAUCUGCAGCCAGAGAUCCAGAUGCCUUGAAAACAAAACAACCCCUACACUCUUGUUUUUCACACCACUUUAUGUGGCGGAAAGUGUUGGCUGAUAGUUCCCAUAUACAUUUAUUCUGUCAGUGUAGCAGUCUGCUUCUGUUUUAAAAGAAGAAAAAAAAUGACUUGGUUAUUAUUUAAGUCAGUAUUAAGAGCUGUUUUCGGAGCGUUUUGCUUAAAUUAUGCGUGGGAUCGGCUACUUUAAGGAUUCGCUGAAGUGCAAACCUUAUGUUGUCUUUUUAGGCACAUGUUUUCAGUUGGUCUCUCGAGUCUCCCGCUGUCAUUUUUCUUCGUCAGAGGAAUGGGUUUCCAUUUUAAUGAGAAAUGUACCUUUAUGGUACAAAUGAAUUGUUAACCUACGCAAGAUCCACUCAGACUGUGAAAGGAAAUGGGUUCCUCGAAAACAAUGAAAGUUAAAAUAGCAAACCGAUUAUUUAUCUAAAGGCGUAUGAUCUAUCUUUAAAUGUUUGACUUGCGGCGGCUGUUUUAUUUUUCAUCCUGUGAAUGUAUCUUUUUUUCAUGCUUUCUAAGAGAAGGGCACUUGAUUUUGUUUUUAGAUUUUUCCUUGUUUUCUCCCACGUAUGUGACACGGUUAUGAGUUUCAGUAUAAAGAUAAUGAUCUGCAGAGCUCCAAAUGUGUUAAAAAUGUGCCUUCAACAAAGACACAAUCAAUCUGUGGUCAGACCCAUUGAAACACUUGUAUAGUUUUUUUUUACAUUGUGCAGAUCCUGUAUUUUUUUCAGCCACCAUCUGGUCUGCAUGCUAGUAACUGUAGAAAUUUUAUGGCACAUUUGCAGCAUAUUAAAACUCCAAACAUAUGCUUGUUACCUCAAUAAAAUCCUAGUUCAGCUUAA